AUGUCGCAGCGCUCUCGAUCGGCUCCCUGUGGAGUUUACGGAGCGCAGCACGGAAACGGGGCCUUAGCCCUCUCCGACGUUUGCCCGCUGGCUGCUCCUCAAAUGAGCAGCCAAAACCAGUGGUCUGCCACGGCCCCCUGUGGGGAUUACAAUACUGCAGCCACGAAUUUCGCUCACUCGCCUCCCUUUGGAGUGCUUUCGGUUGUGCCCAGUGGCGCAACCUUCGAGCGCGCACCUGUUUUGUCGACGCUGGCUGCAAGUGGCUUAAGCAAUUCACGUAUAGCUGCCUCAAGUGGCGGCUGUGAACGACAGCAGGCGCACCCCGCUAGGAGCCCGUUUUGCUCUGGGGCUGGCGGCGCCGCGGCCGGUAUCCCUGUGGAAACCGCGCCGCUAAUCGAGCUGGACGACUGUUCACCCUUGCUCGGCCACGCCGCUAACGCGCCAACGGUUCCCUUUGGAGCAGGCGCACAGACGCUGUUGCAAAACGCCGCCGAAAUGAUUCAGUCACUCUCGGGGGCAGUUAAGGCGCUUUCGGCUGUACCGAAAUGCGCGCACCCCGCUGUACGGUUGGCAGUCCCGACUUACAGCGGAUACGGUGACCUGCUCAGUGCCAGGGAUUAUUGUGACUCCCUGGUACGCUACCAGAUGGCAAAUCGUUUGGAGGAUCAGGAGGUGCUGGAACGCGUCGUUCCCGUAGCACUUACUGACACGGCGGCUAGGUGGUACCGGCUUUCCGGUUACCGUGCAACAACCCUCGAGGAGUUCCGCGUGGCAUUCCUGCGCGAAUUCCUACCCGCUGACUACCAGAGUAGGAUGCGGCGAGAGCUUGAGCUACGUACACAAGCUCCUGACGAGUCGCUUCAGGAGUACGUACGCGCGAUGAAAGACCUGUUCUUAGUCGCCGAGCCCAAAGCUUCGAACGAGGAAUGCGUCGAACGGGUGAUCAGGCAGGCACAUCCGACCUUUUCGGCGUACCUGCGCGGCGGCCGGUUCCGAGAUUUAGAAGAAUUGGCCGCCGAGGCAAAGCGCAUUCAAGGCGACAUUCUCGCCGCGCGAGCCUAUCGCCCACCGCCGCCCGCCAGCGAGGCCCUUGAGCCACGCUGCGCGUGGGGAGGGCCUGUGCCCCUCCCCGAACGGCAACAACCCGGCCAAGCUGCCUUUGCGGCUACAAACGGGUGUGCAUGGGAGCUGAGCGCGCGCGCUCUAGAUCCCUACACGUACGGGAGGCGGGCAGCCUGUGCUGCACCACCGCCCGAAAUGCAUGCGCAGGGACGCCCUUCGACCCAACGCAUCGCAGAGGCGGACGCUCGUGAUAACGGGCCCUUUGGUCAUGCAGCGAGUCGACCCCGGCAGGGAGCUGAGGCCGCUCCGCCUCGGGAAAGAUUCCAGGUGAUUCCAUCCAGCCCGGAGUGUUCUGGACUUCUGGACCAGCUCCUGGGCUUCGAGGUGGCUGAGGUCAAGAGCUUGCAUGAAGGCGUUGUCAAUGCGACGGGUGUUGCGGGUCUCAGCGGCAAGGGGAAUGCCGGCUGA